GACUAUCUUUCUUCUUCUCAACUCAAUCGAUUAACCAUUCUUUUAUGCAAUUAAAUUGGUACUGCAGUACUCGCAUUUGAUUAUAAUAAGAAGGAAUCUGAGGUGUUUUCAUGUCUCAGGUGGCCUUUUACAUUCUCAUGACAUAUUUCACGACAGCUACUGGAACAAUUACAGUGGCUGAUCAUCAGGUCAUGAUCCAAAUGUAUGGCAUGUGUGUCGUAUGGGGUGAGCCUUUCUCUCAAACUGCACAAUCAUUCAUGCCCGAGUUACUGUAUGGAACUAAGAGAAGUUCAGAAAAGGCUCGAAUGCUGCUAAAAUCCCUGGUGAUUAUUGGAGCUAUACUUGGAGUGUUAGUGGCUUCCAUCGGAGCAUUUAUUCCUUGGCUGUUCCCCUUUAUUUUCACAUCUGAUCUUAAUGUAGCACAAGAGCUAGUGAGCAGAAGAGGGUAUGGUUUACCAGGCCGCUGAUGUGCACUAGUAGCUUUCCAAUGGGUAAGUCUGAAAUCCUCUAGAUAAAGCAUUUAUGAUCACUCAUUUUCAUGUUUAUUUGUUUAUAUGGUUUAACUGAGAGCAUAAGAUUUCCCCGGCUAGAUUUUUCUUCGCUCUUCGACGCCUUCUAUCUCCCAAGGGCAUACUUAACUAGGAACCUACAGUCCAACACAAACUGGGGGAAGUAAAAGCUUCUAGUUUCUUUAUCCAAUGAUUAGUAGUGGCGUUACAAAAUGGUUUUAUUUCAUUUUUCUUGCUCAUUGCUGCUCCCAGUCAUUGAAAACUAACAUAUUCUUUUGUUCUAGUUGUCAAAGAUCAAGUUGUCCUUGUUCUACGACGUCCUGACAAGGCCAAUAGCACAUUCAAGGCAUUCCAGAUUGUAGUAUUCUCUUCAUGAUUCGUUGUCGGAAUCGUAUACGGUUCUGUGUUUCUUCACAAGAUUGUUUUGUGAUGUGUAAAAUUGAUUCAAAGCAAAUUUGCUUCAAACGUAAUCUUUGUUGAAAAAGCUCCAAGAUAGAGAUCGAGGCUUCUGUCUUGAGAAUCAAAGGCUGUAAAAGGCCCAACUAAGUGUGCUCAUAAACUUUUGCAUUUUUGUAGGUACUUCAUUUAUGUUUCCUGUCCAAACGAAUUAGUGUGAUCAGGAGUAAAAGACACCAGGAAAUUGUCUGGUUUUGCCAA